UAAAUACCCAAGACAAUGGAACUAUAUUCAAGAGCCAUUAUUCUUCAUCAUCAUCGCAAAGUAAAGAAGCUGAACAAGACGAGGAUGAGGGUUAACACCGCGGCGCUAGUGGUGGUGAUAGUGGUGGCGGUGAUGUUUGUGGGAGGGUCGAGAGGGUUGAGUCUGUGUAACAUGAACGAGGAAGGAAUAGCAGCCUGCAAGCCAUCAGUGAGUGAGCCAAAUCCAGUGGAUCCAUCCACAGAGUGUUGUAAAGCUCUCUCAGGGGCAGACUUGGAAUGUCUCUGCUCUUACAAGAACUCAUUUCAGUUACCACUUCUUGGCAUUGAUCCCAAUCUUGCCCUUGCUCUUCCUGCUAAGUGCAACCUCACUCUUCCUUCCGAUUGCUAAUAAUUAAUUAACUCUUGAUCCAAAGCACCUGGUCGUCUAAGUGUGUUUGUGAGUGUAUGUAUGUUUGUGUUGUGAUGAUUUAUCAUGUUUUCUAAGAUCUUGGUGUAAGUUUAAGGUUUGUGUUCCGACAUCAUUAAUGGCCACUGCGUCUGCUUUAUUAUUACUCAAAAAUGCCAUGAGUUCUUUAUUAAUGUGGCUGAACAGUGGUAGUAAUUGAGUGGUCGGCCAACGCUGAGGAAACAUGUGGCAACAACCAGGUCUCUUGGGCAAAAUAGUAUGGGUAAAAAAAAGUGCAAGGCUACGACAAAAUAAAACCAAAGUCAACUUUGUUUUAAGAGAUCUCUUCAUCUAAGUGGCAGAUCAUUGAUUAGGAUCCUAAGUUCGAAAUUGUCUUGUUAUGUCUGAAGAAUACAAGUUAGUCAGACAUGUAUAUUAGCCUUUUAUAGAGAGGUGAUCAACUUGAUGAUUUGUUUGUAAGAGAGAAUAGGAAAUUUGUCUAAUACAUUAAGAAUGGGAUUUUAUCAUGUUCAAUCCCAUUAACCAA